UUCCAGUCGCAUCUGUUAAUGACUGAAAACUGCUCUUUCGCAAUUUCGUUUUUCAUUAAGACAAAAACUCGAUGGGCCACAGUUUGUUUUUGAGUCUGUUCGCAAACGCUGCAGUGUCUAAUUCGUCUAGGUGAUAAAUAAGGAAAUUAAGUAAGAGUAAAUCUUAUCAAAACUGCAAUAUAAGCAAUCACAUCACAAUGUCAAGCACAUCAAGUGUAUCUACUAAAGUAGUCAUUGGUAUUGGGGUCACCACACUCGCCACCGGGCUGGGCUACUGGUACUACCUGCAAUGGAAGAAACGCAACGCAGUGCCCGAGAAAUGGCGUCGUGUUGGCACUCUGGAACAAAUCAACUUAUUUCCAAUAAAAUCCUGCGCACCACUGAAGUUAGCAGACGACACGGAGUUUGAUUGCGAUAUAUUGGGAUUGAAAUAUCAAGACUGUCGCGAUCGUACUCUAAUGAUCUUAAAUGACUCGAAUGCGAUGGUCACUGCGCGCGUCUAUCCACGCAUGGUAUUGAUUGGCACAAAGUUGGUGGCACCGCAGCGGCUGGAAUUAAGUGCACCUGGCAUGGAGACGAUCGAGUUGGAUUUGGGCGCCUUAAAAGCCGAAGGUGAGCAAAUCAAAACGAUGGUGUGGAGCACAGCGAUGCAAGUGCGUUUCGUCGGUGAAAAAUAUGACAAGUGGCUGUCCAAAUUUCUGCUCGACAAGGAGAGUGGCAUGCGUCUAGUGCACUAUCCGUUGGAGAAGCCCGUGAAGGCCAUCAAUUCACGCAUGGUACGACAGCCAUACAUUUUGAAAGAUGAUCGUGGCACCUUCAACGAUGCCACCAGUUAUAUGCUGAUGAAUUUAGCAUCGAUUGAUGAGCUUAACACACGCAUACCACGACCAAUGGAACCAUUGCAGUUCCGCGGUAGUUUCCAACUGAAAAUGGACACUGACGAACCGUAUGCUGAGGAUCAUUGGCAGUGGGUGAAGAUCGGCGAUGAGGUCAUAUUCCGUGUGGUAGCGCCAUGUACACGUUGUAUAUUCCCAAAUAUAAAUGUGAAUACAGCAGCACGUGAUCCCGAUGGCGAACCGCUCAAUACGCUUAAGAAGUAUCGCUUGUUCAAAGGCUAUGCAACUCCAGCCAUUGGCAUACAUUUGGGCCUGCGCUCUGCGGGAAGCAUCAAAAAGGAUGCCAUUGUGUAUGUAGAGGAUAAGUGAGGUGUUUUACUUAUGUUUAUGUAAUAUUUUGAAAGAUUUUAUAUACGGAGGAUUGUAAAUAAAUAUCAAUUUGUAUAGACUUA